GUGAUGAACGUGAGUCUGGCCGAGGGCGACGUGGUCAGAUUUGAAGACCUGGCCGGCCGGGAACCUUCUGUCCUGGCCAACGAGUCCAUCUUACUGAAAGGUCUGGUGGUACGCAGCUGGAGCAACCAAAUCUCCAUCCACUUCCGCAGCCGGCAGCCGCAGUCCAGCUCCUUGCUGCUGCGUUACCAAGCAUUUGUGUUGAGUUGCAACUUCCCUGAUAGACCAGCAUAUGGGGACGUGUCUGUCACCAGCCUGCAUGCAGGGGGAGAGGCCUAUUUCUACUGCUUCAAUGGAUACCAACUCCAGGGUCCCUCCACCCUCACAUGCCGCAAUGCCACCACACCCUACUGGAGCGGCAAAGUGCCGCGCUGUCUUGUGGCCUGCGGUGGAAUGGUGAAAAACGCGACUCUCGGCCGCAUUGUGUCUCCUGGUUUCCCUGGCAACUACAGCAACAACCUGACCUGCCACUGGGUGCUGGAGGCCCCUGAGGGUCAACGGCUGCAUGUGCACUUCGAGAAGGUGGCCCUCGCGGAAGACGAUGACAGGUUUCUGAUUAAAAACGGCAACCACAUUGAUUCGCCGAUUUUGUACGACUCGUACGAGGUGGAAUACCUUCCUAACGAGGGAAUCGUUAGUUCCGCCAGACAUCUCUUUGUGGAGUUUACGACGGAUGGUUUCGGUACCAACACAGGAGUAGCCAUCAGAUAUGAAGCUUUUGCAGCAGGUCACUGCUACGAGCCAUUCGUCAAGUACGGCAACUUCACCACCACUGACAGCACCUAUGCUGUGGGCACGGUCAUGGAGUUCACCUGUGACCCCGGAUACCCCCUGGAGCAGGGCUCUGUUAUCAUCGAGUGCAUGGAUCCCAGCAACCCUCAAUGGAAUGAGACUGAGCCCGCCUGCAGAGCGGUUUGCAGUGGAGAGAUCACAGAUUCAGCUGGGGUGGUGUUGUCUCCAAACUGGCCUGAGGCCUAUGAUAAGGGUCAGGACUGCAUCUGGGGGAUCCAUGUUGAAGAAGACAAGAGGAUCAUGCUAGACAUCCAAGUUCUCCACAUGGGAAAGAACGACCUGCUGACUUUUUACGAUGGAGAUGACCUGACUGCAAAGAUUCUGGGCCAGUACAGCGGUUCCCGUCCUCGCUUUAAACUCUACACCUCCAUGGCUGAUGUGACCAUUCAGUUCCAGUCGGACCCUGCUACCAACAUCUAUGGCUACAACAAUGGUUUUGUGGUGCACUUUUUCGAGGUUCCCCGUAACGACACCUGUUCAGAGCUUCCGGAGAUUUCCAAUGGCUGGAAGACCACAUCUCACCCUGACCUGGUGCACGGCACGUUGGUGACCUAUCAGUGUUACCCAGGCUUUGAGGUGGUGGGCACCGAAAUGCUCAUGUGUCAGUGGGACCUGACCUGGAGCGGAGACUUGCCUAGCUGUGAAAGAGUCCUGUCAUGCCCAGACCCAGGCACGGUGGAGCACAGUCGCAGGGUGAUGUCAGGCCCGCGUCUCAUCGUGGGCUCUACUGUCCAGUACAUCUGUAACAAAGGCUACUCGCUGUCAGGAAACAGCCUGCUCUCCUGCUACCACCGUGACUCCACCGGCCCCAAAUGGAGCGAGAAACUGCCCAAAUGCAUUCCUGAUUCGUAUGAGCCGUGUAGGAACCCCGGCACUCCUCCCUAUACCAUUCAGAGCUCAGAGAAGCAUGUGUAUCAGGCUGGAGAAACGGUGCGCUUCUCCUGCAUGAGUGGGUAUGAGCUCCAGGGUGAGCCUGUUCUCCGCUGUGUCCCCAGACAUCCUUCCAAAUGGAGCCAUCCACCCCCGCUGUGCAAAGCGGUAACACUGGAGUACAUAGAUGAACACAGACUGGAUGUGGCCAGUGCAGAUUUCAGUAUGGAGGGAGCCAGUGUGGCUGUUUCCAUUUUUAUCCCAGUGGCCGUAAUCAUAAUUAUCAUCAUGUCAAUGUAUUUCUACUUUUCAAGAGUGCAAGGCAAGUCUCUACGUCUCUCCAUGUCCACAUCACCACAAUACGAUCACAUCAGAGGAGAGUCAGCUUUUGAAAACCCCAUCUACGAGACUGCAAACAAUGAGGAUACGAGAGAGUACGAAGUCUCCAUUUAAGCUUGUUUUAGCAUGGAGGACCGCAAGCCUUUCUCUGCCUUGUGGAAGAUCUCUCAGUUCCUCUCACAUCUUGUGUAGCCAACUCUGCUCUUAAUCUCACCUACCUUCUCAUCUUUUCCCAUCUGCUGUAAAAAUCACCUUGCUUCUGAGGACUUCCGCAAGCGAAGAGUGGACAACAUGAUAUUAUUUUUGUAGAGCUUCAAUAGCCAUGGCCUAGCAGAAUUGCUUGUACAGUUUUUACCCGUAAUUGAGCCAAAUUAAGGAAUUAAAAAAAAAAAAAAAGACUGAUAAUAGGGGAGUAUAUGUUAUUUAGGAGAUCGAUGUCUCGCUAAACAGAUUUUUUUCUUUUAUUUGUUUUUAAGUGUCGCACUCACAACCCCUCCUGCCCCCUCUCCAAAAAAUUCACAUGUAAAGUUACAUUGUAAGAUUUAAGUAAAUCACAAGCACAGGAAAUAGUUGCACUUGUGAAAUAUAAACAAAAUGAUAUAAAUUUGCAUAUAAUGUAAUUGAACAAAAUACAAAUAAAGUUACGAUUACCUGUUAAUUUUCAGGCAGAAAUGGGUUUCCAUAGCAAUGACAUAAACUACCGUUUAAAAGUUUGGAGUCUGUAAGAUUUUUU